AUGACCUUAUCAUGUGCAGAUUUAAGAUGGCCUGAGCUAUUUCAGAUAAUUGCAAGAACAAAAGGCAACAAUAUAACAAAUGAAGCAGUAGAGGCUCUGUCGUAUCAUGAGCGAUGCUCAAUGUUAAAUUUAAAUCCAGUUAUGGUAGCUAAACAUUUCCAGUAUCGAGUCGAAACAUUUUUCAGGGACGUUUUGCUCUCAAAUGCAAACCCAAUUGGUAAGAUAGUGUAUUAUGCACUCCGUAUCGAAUUUCAAAUGAGAGGUUCACCACAUUUGCACGCCUUAAUAUGGACAUCUGAUUGCCCAGAAUUAACGAACGAUACAAAAGAUGCAUACAUAGAUUACAUUGACCAACAUGUACAAGCAUACCUCCCAGACAAAGAAACAGAUCCUCAACUUUAUGACUUGGUAAAAACAUACCAGACACAUAAUCACAGUAAAACCUGUAGAAAAUAUAAGAAUGUUACAUGUAGAUUUAACUUUGGACAGUUUUUUACUGACAGAACAAUUGUUGCUGAACCAUUGGGUGAAGAUAUGGAUGAUGAGAUUAAAUCUAAUAUUCUAACCAGACGAAAGGAAAUUUUGUCUAAAGUUAAACAAAAAAUUAACGAUGUGCUAAACCCAAGCAAACCUACUUAUGACCCGCUUGCAAUUCCAAUUGACAUUCUAAAUGAAAUAGAUAUUACAGAACAAGACUAUCAAUGGGCUUUAUCAAUAUCUCCAGAUUCUGACCAUGAAUUGCACCUGAAACGACCAAUAGACAGUUGUUUUAUCAACAAUUACUUUAUUGUUGGGUUAAAAGGCUUUGCUGCAAAUGUUGACUUGCAACCAGUGUUUAAUCAUUACAAGUGUAUCACAUACGUUUGUUCUUACUUCACAAAGGAUGAAACUGAAUGUUCUCAAGCCAUAAUAAAUGCAGCAAAAGAGGCUAAAGAAGCUAACUUGAGUGUAAGAGAUGGCCUGAGAAAAAUAGGUGCAGCUUUUCUAUCGACUCGUGAAGUCAGUGCUCAAGAAUGCGUGUAUAGAUGUAUGCCUGAACUCUGGUUAAGAAAAAUAUUCCCGAAAACUCUCUUUGUUAGCACGGAUUUUGCUGAAAAUCGCGUUAGAUUUGCGAAGAAACAGCAAGAACUUGAUGAGUUAGAUGAUGAUAGUACUGACAUUUUUAAGUCUAACAUUAUUGUCCGUUACAGUGACAGACCGAAAAAUAUUCCUGUCGUUAAUGAUAUGUGUUUAGCUUUAUUUGCUGCUCACUAUUUCAAAGAUUACAAAAGUGAUUUUAACGAAGUAUCUGAUUCUCAACCUGAAGUGUUAAGCGAUGACUUCAUUGAAUCUCAAAAUAUCGAAAAUCAUAACACUGGACUUCCCGAUCGAAUAAAACUUGUAAACAGUAAAGAGAUUAUGAAGUGCAGAAAAAUUAAAGCUGUCAUUCGAUAUCACACUCCAAACAAAAGAAAAGAGCCUGAAAAAUAUUUUCACCACCUUCUCAUGUUGUAUUUUCCGUGGCGUAACGAGCAGGAACUCUUUGGCGAAGACCAGACAUACAUAUCUAAGUUUUAUGAGCCAGAUGUUCAAGAAGUAGUACAACGCAACAAAGAAAUAUUUGAACCAGAUGGUGAUGCAAUUAAUGAAGCACUAGAAAGUUUACGAAACUUUGAUGGCGUACCAACUCACUCCUAUGAUCCAAUAAAUGACCAGGAAAAUGAAGAUUUGCGACAAAGUUUGCCUGACGAUUCUGAUGAAACCGAGUCCUUUAACGAAUCGUUGCCACAACAUCUUGCAUCAAAUCCUGAAUCAGUUCAACCAUCUUCUGGAAUAAGUUCUUAUAAUCAACCCUUAGAAAUCAGUGACGACGAUCUACGAAAAACUGUAAGAUCAUUAAACAACAAACAACGUUAUGCAUAUGACGUAGUUCUUUCCUGGUGUAGAAAUAAGAUGGCCAACCUAAACACACUUAAACCAUCUAAAGUAGAUCCAAUAAAUGUUUUUGUUACUGGAGGUGGAGGUGCAGGGAAAUCACACUUAAUUAAAGCUAUAUAUCAUACUGUUACAAAAACAUUUAGACAUGCUCCAAUGAAUCCUGAAUUACCUUCUGUAUUGCUAAUGGCUCCAACUGGUGUAGCUGCCAUAAAUAUCAACGGAACAACCGUAAACACUGCUCUAGCAAUUCCAAGAGAAUGUGGGAAUAAUGUACCUGCCAUGUCUGACCAGAGGAGAACUCAAAUGAGAUUGUCUUUGGCUGAGUUGAAACUAAUCAUAAUUGAUGAAAUAUCAGUGGUCUCAAACAUGGGUCUGCUGCAUAUUCACCAGAGAUUGAAAGAAAUAUUUGUUACACCUAAUAGUGAACUUUUUGCAGGAAUCAGUGUACUUGUUUUCGGAGAUUUCUUUCAGCUACCACCAAUUCGAAGCGCAACAACAUUUUCAAAUUAUAAGAAUGAUACAUUCAAUCUAUACCAUCCAUGGCAUGUCUUUAAAAUGGCAGAACUAACACAGAUCAUGAGACAAAAAGAUGACCUCGCCUUCACUCAACUAUUAAAUAGAGUGCGCACCGCUUCACAUACAGACGAUGACAUCAGGUGUAUUCAAUCCAGAACAAUAACUCCAGGGGAUGAAAAUUAUCCAUCGGAUGCAUUACAUAUUUUUGCAGAAAAUGCACCAGUAGAUGAGUACAAUAUUGAUCGCCUACAACAAAUCCAAUCACCGCAGUACGUUUUAGAAGCUUUAGAUCAAUUCCCACCUCAUGUUAGAAAACAGGAUAUCGAAAGAGUGUUGUCUAAAGGAAGAUCCGAAACUGGAGGGCUUGACACUAAAAUCCUGAUCAAAGAAAAUGCGAGAAUUAUGCUCACAACCAAU